CUCUUGAACCUCGUCAGCCAUCGCCAUUCAAAUUUUCAUUGAAGCCCAUUCUGCUUUGCUUUUUCUUUUCUUCUCUCUUCAUUAUAAUGGAGACCAAGUCUCGCACUCUGGAGAUCACAGUCUUGUCAGGAGAAGACCUGAGAAUCGAUAACAAAUCGGUUAAAAAGAACGCUUACGUCAUCGUUUCGAUCGAUACUUUUAGCUAUAAGGCGACGAAGAUUGAUGCAGAAGGAGGGAGCUCCCCUUCAUGGAACGAUAAAUUAGUGAUGGACAUGCCCAUGCAGACACGCUUCAUUACCCUCCAAGUAAAAUGCAAGGUUUCAGGUGGGGAUAAAACCGUAGGAUAUGCAAGAAUACCAGUGACGGAUUUUAUUGGAGGGUAUUCCCCGGAAACUUGUUUACAAUUUUUGAGUUACCGGUUAAGGGAUCCCAAGGGGCUGAAGAAUGGAAUCAUUAAUGUUUCUGUUAGAGUAAAAGAGCCCAUACAAGCUUGUUCUUCCCAGGCUGCAGCUGCAGGUCUGGGAUUGGGAAUUCCCAUUGACGGACGAAAAGAUUUUGGAGUUGUUACUGGGAUUCCAAUUUGGAGUGGUUAUACUUAUCCAUCCAAUUCUUUGUUUCGAUGAUUUUUUAAGGAAUUAAUUAAAUUAAAGCAAAAUCAAAGUUGUGCAAAACACAUAUAAAAAAAAAAAUUAUUUUGUUGCAAUUUAUGACUUUAAUUAGAAAUUCUAUUCACAAUUAAAAUUGAUUUCUCAAUUUCCAGCAUGAUGUUAAUUAUAUUAUAUUGCAAAGUUGUUUUUUAUGUUAGUAACUAGGAUCAAACUAUUUUAAAUUAUUCAUUACCUUGCCUUUGAAGAAGCCGUCUGAUUAAUUAAUUAUUAUGUUGCCUUGCCUCGAACAAGGUAGACAGGUAGUGCCAAGCAAUUAGAUGAUUCGUCAAUCUAAAAAU